AUGUGGAUUUUUCCAGAAUCUGAAAUCUUCAGCAUGGGAUUGUGGUCCUUCAGCAUCGGAGCCCUGGGAGCUGCAGUAGCUGGGAUAAUACUGGCCAACACUGAUUAUUUCCUUGCUAAAACUGAGAGAGCCACUCUAGAAUAUCUGGGAGAUGCCGAUCUACAGACUAUAUCAGAAGAAUCACGAACAUUCAAAGCUAAAGAACUGUGGGAGAGGAAAGGAGCUGUGAUUAUGGCUGUACGAAGACCUGGAUGUUUUUUGUGCAGAGAGGAAGCUGCAGGGUUGUCAUCACUUAAGUCAGAGCUUGACCAGCUUGAAAUCCCGCUAUAUGCUGUGGUGAAAGAAAAGAUUGGAAAUGAAGUAGAAGAUUUUCAGCCUUACUUUAAAGGGGAGAUUUUCCUUGAUGACAAGAAGCGAUUCUAUGGACCUCAGAAGAGGAAGAUGAUGUUCCUAGGACUGAUCCGAUUGGGAGUUUGGCAGAAUUUCCGCAGAGCCUGGAAAGCUGGAUUUGAAGGGAACCUUGAAGGGGAAGGUCUAAUCCUUGGGGGUGUGUUUGUGAUUGGCUCUGGAAAUCAGGGAAUCCUUCUGGAGCAUCGUGAGAAGGAAUUUGGAGAUAAGGCAAACUUGACAGCUGUACUUGAAGCUGCUAAGAAGAUCAAGCAGUCUGGAUCCCAUUAA